GCUGUUGUGUGCUUGUAUCUCAGUAUUUCUGCAGUAUAAUGGCAGAUGCCAGAAUUUCAGUAGGUCAGAAGGAGUUAAUGUGUUCAGUGUGUCUGGAUCUCCUGAAGGAUCCCGUGACCAUUCCCUGUGGACACAGUUACUGUAAGAUCUGUAUUACAGACUGCUGGGAUCAGGAGGAUCAGAAGAGAGUCUACAGCUGCCCUCAGUGCAGACAGACCUUCAGUCCAAGACCUGCUUUAGCUACAAACACCAUCCUGGCUGAAGUGGUGGAGAAACUGAAGAAGACCAAACUCUCUGCUGACUGUUACGCUGGAGUUGGAGAUGUGCAGUGUGACGUCUGUACUGGAAGAAAAUACAGAGCCGUCAAGUCCUGUCUGGUGUGUCUGGAGUCUUACUGUCAAACUCAUUUUGAUCGUCACGAGGAGUUUCAUUCACAUAAACCACACAAAGUGACUGAAGCUACUGGACGACUGCAGGAGAUGAUCUGUCAGAAACAUGAGAAGCUCCUUGAGGUUUUCUGUCGCACUGAUCAGAAGUGUAUCUGUCUGCUGUGUACGAUGGAUGAACAUCAAAACCACAACACUGUAUCAGCUGCAGCACACAGGACAGAGAAACAGAAGCAGCUGAAGGAGACUCAGAAGACGCUCCAGCAGAGAAUCCAGCAGAGAGAGAAAGAUCUCCAGCAGCUGAGAGAGACUGUGGAGUCUCAUAAGCGCUCUGCACAGACAGCAGUGGAGGACAGUGAGAAGAUCUUUACUGAGCUCAUCCGCUCCAUUGAGAGAAGCCGCUCUGAGCUGAUACGACUGAUCAGAGAUCAGGAAAAGACUGCAGUGAGUCGAGCUGAAGAACGACUGGAGCGACUGGAGCAGGAGAUCAAUGAUCUGAGGAGGAGAGACGCUGAGCUGGAGCAGCUUUCACACACACAGGAUCACAUCCAGUUCCUGCAGAGUUUCCAGUCUCUCUCAGCUCCUCCUGAAUCUACAGACGUAAAUGAUGAUCUCUUCAGUUCUCUCGUCUCUUCUGAUGAUCUGAGAGAAUCUGUCCAUCGGCUGAGAGACAAACUGGAGGAUUUCUGUAAAGAGGAGAUCAAGAAGAUCUCAGACAGAGACACAUUCACCAACAUUGAUCCCAGAACCAGGAAUGACUUCCUACAAUAUUCCCGUCAGCUCACUCCGGAUCUGAACACAGUGAAUAAACACCUCCGUCUGUCUGAGAACAACAGACUGAUUACUGUCACUGGAACAGAUCAGCCGUAUCCUGGUCAUCCAGACAGAUUUGAUCUGUGGCCUCAGGUGUUGUGUAGAGAGAGUGUGUGUGGACGCCGUUACUGGGAGAUUGAGUGGAGCGGAGAUGUUGGUGUGUAUAUAUCAGUCUCAUAUAAGAGCAUCAGCAGGAAGGGAGGUAUUGAGUGUAUGUUUGGAUAUAAUGAUCAGUCCUGGAGUUUGAUCUGUACUCCCUCCAGUUACUCAUUCAUUCACAAUAACAUAAAGACUGAUCUCCCGAUAAAGUCCAUCAUCAGGAGAAUAGGAGUGUUUGUGGAUCACAGAGCAGGAACUCUGUCCUUCUACAGCGUCUCUAACACAAUGAGCCUCAUCCACACAGUCCAGACCACAUUCACUCAGACGCUCUAUCCUGGGUUUGGAGUUUGUUCAAGAACAUCAGUGAAACUGUGUUGAUGAAUCAGAAUAGACUGACAAGAGAUUCUACCCAUAAUGCUGUGAUGUUAUAAAGUCUCUUCUUUCUUUUCUCUUAAUGACAGUAAUACUGCAGCUGAACUUUUGUCAGUGAAACGCUGUCUACGUCGAGCUCGCAGCAUUCUCAAGGACUCCUCUCACCCUGACCACGAACUGUUUAACCUCCUCCCCUCCGGAAGGCGCUUCAGGAGCCUCCGGACAAGGACCACAUGAUUCAGGAACAGCUUUUUCCCUAAAGCUGUCUCCUUGCUGAACUCUGCCCUCUGACACCCCUCAACACCCCCCACACCACACAUAGACUCCUCCCCCUCUUCAACACUCUGAUUUAUUUAUUUACUCACAACAAGCAAAAAGUAACUUGUUAUUACUUGCACUACUGUCUGUUCAUCCAGGAACAAUGUAUAAUCCAUUUGCACAUUGAAAUAAUUUUUCUAUGCACUUUACUGUCCAUUGCAAUACUGUAAAUUAUGUUCAUAGUUCUGCCUAUAGUGUACAUACACUUUUACAUAGCCCAUCUGUAUAGUAUGUUCAUAGUACACCUAUCUGUAUAUCGUGCUUAUAGUAUUUAAUAUCUGUAAAUUAUGUCCAUAAUACUUACCUGUAUAGAUAUUGUACAUAUUAUAGACCUUUAUUCUGUACUUACUGCUUAUUGCACUUCUGGUUAGAUGCUAACUGCAUUUCGUUGCCUUGUACCUACAUGUGCAGUGACAAUAAAGUUGAAUCUAAUCUAAUCU